CACUCCACCAUGAAGCUCCAGAUACUGGUGUCCAUAUUCGCAGUGGCCAGAGCCGGAAGACUUCAGAGUUAUAGCCUGCCAACCAUCCCUGAACCCUACAAUACAGAGAGUCCUACUGUCGACUUAAGACAAUUCCUAAGGAGCGGAAAGAGUCGUUUAGAGGCCUCCACUAAUAGUUCGAUGCACUAUGGCGACGCAGGGUAUGAAGGGAGCCCCAGCUGUGGAUCAGGACAGGUCCGUCAUGUGGACGGCAGUUGCGUGACUCCUCAGGUCACUCGGAAUGUGGUCAGAGCCGAAAGACUUCAGAGCUAUAGCCUGCCAACUACCACUAAACCCGACAAAACAAAGAGUCAUUCUGUCGACUUAAGACAAUUCCUAAGGAGCGGAAAUAUUCCUUUAGAGGCCUCCACUAAUAGUUCGAUGCACUAUGGCGACGCAGGGUAUGAGGGGAGCCCCAGCUGUGGAUCAGGACAGGUCCGUCAUGUGGACGGCAGCUGCGUGACUCCUCAGGUCAAUCGGAAUGUGUAUCACUUUAGGAUUCCUCUUGCAUCCUCGAUAGUGGAUCCACGACCAGUCCUUCCUCCACCGAUAAUUGAAAACAAUAUAUUCUUCAUCCAUCUUCCAGUGGGACUUUUGAAUCGAAAACCCAUUGUGGUACCCCCACCACAACAAAGAAACGUUGUGUACGUCCUCAACAAGCAGCCUAACCAAGAGCACACGGUUGUUCACGCACCAGGACCUGAACAACCAGCUCCUGAGGUGUACUUCGUCAACUAUGCUGAGGGCGAGAACCCGACUUUACCUCGUGGUGGGAAGCUCCAGUCCGCCCUCAGUAUCGCUGCUGAGAGAGAUGGUGAGGUUGUUAAUAGCGGUGUUAAAAGAACCAGUGUGUUUAACAACGAAGAUAUACUUUACACCAGGUCUAGUGUGCAUGGCUCACCCUACACAUUGUAAUUUGUUUAUUUUCAGGAAUUUUUUCUUCAAAAGCAGAAGUAAGUGGCAUUAUUUCUGCUACUGUAAUAUAUAUUAGUAAUUUAAUAUUUGUGUGAUUUUAUAUCUUUCAUAUUAAUGAAAGUAGUGGCCCAGAUUCAAAGAAAUCAAGAGAACAUAAAACAUAUUAAAUGAUGCUAAUUUUUUGUUAUAGCUGACCGCUUAAUAUGUAACUAUAAAAUUAAUUCGUGGGGUUACUGCAGACAACUUUUACAGUUUGUAUAUGUACAUUUAGUGUACUUAUUGGUUUAUUUCAGAUGGGAUCUUACGGGUAAUUACUCGAAAACAAGGCUCUUGUCAGUGUAUUUCGAGUAGAAUUUACAGGUAAUGAAUAUAGGAGCUUAAUUUUACGAUACAGGUAGACAAAUUUUAGAUAAUGUUUUUAAUGACACGUACAGGACAAACGUGUGAUAUAAAUACAUGGUCAGUUUGUGUCAGUUGACUAAUUAAAGGUAUCCAUCUUAUGCUUCCUGUCUCGUGAUUUAAAUAGAUCUUGCCCUCUGAGCAUCUGUUUAGUAGUUGGUGUUUUCCUAUUUCGUGGAAUCCAGUAGAGGCUCUCCUUAGUCCACUGAUGACAUGUCCUUUGUCACUUCAGGUUCCCAGCCCUCGUUCAUAAUGUAUCUUGUUGACCCUAUGAUUUUUUUGAACGACUUUAAGAACUUUAUUUUGGCCAACACCAGACGAUUCUAUCCAGAUGAGGUAUACCCAUAGUAAGAACAUAAGAACAUAAGAAAAUAAGGAGUCUGCAAUAGGCCAGUUGGCCUGUGCAUGGCAGCUCCUGUCGA